CUCCCCCACUAAAACGGUGCGAAAGGCGGGGGGCGCAUGUGGGGGACUUAAAUAAAGGCAGAGGGGAGGAGCCAGUGGGAGGAGCCCGAGUUACACGAUUGGCUGGCUGGGGGAGUGAUGUCACCCAUAUGAAACCCUGAUAACUAGUUCGGAGAGGACCCGGCCGCAACUUUUGCAGAAGGGGGCGUGUGAUCUAGUGAGAGCUCGGGGUCCGGGCGGCUGCUGCUGCUGCUGCAGGGGGGAGGGGAAAGAGCCGAGCCGAGCCGGAGAGAGUCCCAGUCCUGCUGGUGCCUGGUGCAAGGGGAGCAGUAGCGGCAGUGUGCGAGCGGGGAAGGAAAGGCGCAGAAGAGACCUUGCAACUCGCACGCUGGGCUUCACCUUGUGACUCCCGAAGGCUCGCGUGGCGGGGCAGGAAAAGGGCUGGCACACACAAAGAAAUCGCUCCAAGCCCGGCAUGGUGCAGCAAGCGGAAAGUACAGAGACUGAAAGCAACCUGCCUCGGGAGGCGAUGGACACCGAAGAGGGCGAGUUUAUGGCAUGCAGCCCGGUCGCUUUGGAUGAGAGCGACCCGGACUGGUGCAAAACGGCUUCAGGGCACAUUAAGAGACCGAUGAAUGCGUUCAUGGUGUGGUCUAAAAUCGAGAGGAGAAAAAUCAUGGAGCAGUCCCCGGACAUGCACAACGCGGAGAUCUCCAAGCGCCUGGGCAAGCGGUGGAAAAUGCUGAAGGACAGCGAGAAGAUCCCCUUCAUCCGGGAGGCAGAGAGACUGAGGCUCAAACACAUGGCCGAUUACCCCGACUACAAAUACAGACCCAGGAAAAAGCCCAAAAUGGACCCAUCAGCCAAGCCCAGUGCCAGCCAGAGCCCGGAGAAAAAUGCACCCACCAGCAGCAGCAGCAAAAGCGCCAAGAGCUCCAGUAAGAAAUGUAGCAAGCUGAAGUCCUCCUCCUCCUCUCCCGCCAAGCCCGGGGCUAAAGCCACCCACCCCGGGGACUACGCGGGGGAGGACUAUGUCUACGGUACCCUGAAAGUGAGUAGCAAAACCGUCAAGUGCGUCUUCAUGGACGAGGAUGAUGAUGAGGAGGAGGAGGAGGACGAGCUGCAGCUCAGGAUCAAGCAAGAGGCGGAGGAGGAGGAGGACGAGGAAGACGAGCAGCAGCAGCAGAGGCGAUAUAAUGUAGCCAAAGUCCCGGCCAGUCCCACCUUGAGCUCUUCGGCAGAGUCCACCGAGGGGGCCAGCCUGUACGAAGAGGUGAGGGGCAGCGCAGCCUCGCACGGCAGCAGCGGCAGCAAUAGACUGUACUACAACUUCAAGAACAUCACCAAGCAGAGCACCCAGCAGCAGCCCAGCCUGUCCCCGGCUUCCUCCAGGUCCAUCUCCACCUCCUCCUCCAGCAGCGAAGAGACGGACGACCUGAUGUUCGACUUGAGCUUGAAUUUCUCCCAGCACCCUCACGCCGCCUCGGAGCUGGGGGUGAGCUCUGCUUCGGGGAACCUGUCUCUGUCCCUGGUGGAUAAAGAUUUGGAUUCGUUCAGCGAGGGCAGCUUGGGCUCUCACUUCGAGUUCCCCGAUUACUGCACCCCGGAGCUGAGCGAAAUGAUUGCAGGGGACUGGCUGGAAGCGAACUUUUCCGACUUGGUCUUCACUUACUGAGCCGCGGGAAGGCGUGUCGCUGAUGAGAACAACCGUGCAGAGAAAUCGGAAAGGAAAGAUGAUGCUGGUGAUGAUGUGAUGGAAGUGGUGGAGUAAAAAAAUGAUAUAAUAAAAUGUCUUUUCUUUUUUAAAAAAAAGCCUCAAAGUUAGUUCCAAACCGAGCCCGGAGUUAUGUUUUUUUUUUUUUUUUUUUUAAUUUGGUGAUCGCAACAACAACAAAAAGGCAUGGGGGACUGGGGGAAAAAUGAUUCAGAAGUCGAUGUUCGAAGCUUGUCGGUCUGUGAUUGAAGUCUGGAAGAUGGUCUGCAAAGAAGUCUUUUGGCAGCACAACUGUUACUCAAGGGGGUUUGUGGAUUUUUUUUUUUCCCGUGAGAGAUCUUAAAAGAACUGUUCUGAUUUUUUUCUGAAAGGGACCAUUGCAACUUUUUUUGGAGGGAGAAAACUGAUGUCUUCUAUGCAUCCGAUUCUUAACAAAGCUGCAGGGAGCUUGAAAAAAUGCAGACUGUACAAACGCUUACAAAAAGAAAAUAAAAACUGUGAACUGACUUAAGAUCAGAGUUUACUUUUCAGAUCAAAUUGUCUAUGGUUUUACAAAUGUGAUUUCUACUUGCCAACUUUUUUUUUGUAGCUUGUUCCCUUAUACCUCCUUGAUUGAAUACCAGACAGCCUAGACCUCAGUACAAAAAGGUAUUGAAACAUUUUUGAUACAUAACAGACCUCAGUCUUUUUUAAAAAUUAAUAUAUUUUCAGGCGUAUUUUUGUACAGUGAAAAGGGAACAUUCUUGCUGUGUUUUUUCAGUAAGACUUUUCAGGCACUUCUUCCCUUUUAUUUUUUUUUCUUUUCUGUUUUUAGCAUGCAAGUUUGUUGGUACGUUACGUCCUGGUUUUAAAAGGAUUAAAAUUUUAAAAAUAAUCCUUGCAUCUAAAGGCCUUGUGGUUUAAAACAAAAAAAGAAACUUUUUUGUACAGCUAUAGUUCAGAUUUGUUCAAUAUUUGUAGGUAAAGAUUUAUUGAAAAUGGUGAUAUAGACCUCAGAGCUGUUAUCUUAGUUUAAAAGAUUGUAUAUGUACUGUACUAUAGUAGGACUUUAUGUAUCUCAUACGCUGUGAUAUGUGGAUGGGGCCCCAGAUGGAAGGUAUGAAACUGGAUUCUCGAUUUUUAGCAAAAAAAGGCACAUAGUUAAAAAAAAGUUUCUCAUUUUGUGCAAUAUAAUCUAAAGUACAGACCAUCUGCAUAUUUUGUAGCAAAUGAUGGCAAAAGCAGACUUGUGCACUGUCAACAUCAUUGCCUUUUUUUUAUGCUGAAAGUCUGUAUCUUGACAAUUUUAAUAAAUCAGCUGGAACUGAUAGAAACUCGUAUCGCUAUUAGUGUCUGUAGAAGUAACGCUGGCGAUGCCCUGGACCCACGCCCCACCUGCGGAGCUGUAGGCGGCUGUGUCUGCAUGUAGCGGGGGGGAGAGGGAAGAAUGUUAGACAGCUUUUUAUUCCACAAACGUGUGAAAUCGCUGAUUUUACCCCCACCCCGCCCCCCAAUCCGGCUUUCAGCGCCCUGGUAGCCUAGAAGGGGAGACCCCGGGAGCCCACAGAAAGAUGGCGGAGAGGGUCUCGGAGAACGUGAUUCCAGGCACGCUUUAGUGCUAGGUUCUUUGCCCGUUUACCUGCCUUCUGUCAUUGCUGCAUCUCCCCUCGGCGAAGUGGGGGGAUCGCAGCUGAG